AUGGCGGGCACCGUGGCGCCCCUGGACGAAUUCGUGGAAAAGGCUCAGCUGGAGUGCCUCAAUGAAGACAAGGCCAACCCAGUUGCGAACAUCUUGGAUCCCAGCCCGGACACCUUCCUAUCUUCUGAUGAAAAUGUAGAUCAUCAGCUCCUGUUGAAGGUGCAGUUUCGGGUGCCUGUGAAGCUACAGAGCAUCCGCAUCCUGGGCGAGGAGGAUGAGACGGCGCCGCAAAGCGUGAAGCUGUUCUUGGACAAGGUGAAUAUGGGCUUCGAGGAUGCAGAGGAGGAAGCUGUCCAGGAGCUAGCGCUCACGCCGGCCAAUGUGGGUGGCGAGCCCGUGCUGCUGCGGUUUGUGAAAUUCCAGAACGUGUCGAGCCUGCAGCUUUUCUUCCAGGACAACUGUGGAGCUCCAGUGACCAGAAUAAAGCGCAUCGAGUUCUUGGGCCAGCCGGCCUCCAGCAUGGACAUGAAGGACUGGAAGCCCGUGAAGGGCUGA